ACUUUUUGUCUGCUUCAUUCUGCAGGCCACCAAUAUUCCCAUAACCUUUUUCUCUCUUCUUCUUCUUCUUCAUCCUCUUCUCCCUGAGAGAAUUUUUUAACAGAUAUAUUCUCGAAUCGACCUUUCUCCUCCGGAUCUGAUUCCAAAACCAGUGAAAGUCUUCAACUUUACUUCACAUUUUGAAGAAGAAAGGUUUCAAAAUUUGAGCAAAUGGGUGGCUCUGGAAAUUGGAUUAAGUCUCUGAUUACUAACAAAAAACCCAUCACUGAUGAUCAACAGGAUAAGAACUGUAAGAAGAAAUGGAAGCUGUGGAGGACUUCAUCAGAAAGCUUAAUUUCUUCCUCAAAGGGUUUCAAGAGCCGUGGUGGUAGUUACGGGACUCCUUCACUGGGCUCAGAUCCGCCGUCUUUCUCUGCUGACGACUCUUUCACGGCCGCUGUUGCUGCUGUUAUCAGAGCUCCACCGAAAGAUUUCUUUCUUGUUAAACGAGAAUGGGCUGCUACACGGAUUCAGGCCGCCUUCCGAGCUUUCCUGGCAAGACAAGCACUGAGAGCUCUGAAGGCGGUGGUGAGGAUUCAGGCAAUAUUCCGUGGUAGGCAAGUCCGGAAACAAGCUGAUGUGACACUAAGGUGUAUGCAAGCUCUUGUUCGAGUCCAAGCUCGUGUACGAGCUCAUUGCAACAGGGGGCCUUCAGAUGUACAGGAGGUUCAGAAGCCCUCUGAUCAACUAAAAGAUGAUCCUGCAAAGCAAGCUGAGAAGGGUUGGUGUGAUAGCCCGGGAAGUGUAAAUGAAGUGAGAACGAAGUUACAAAUGAGACAAGAAGGAGCAAUCAAGAGGGAGAGGGCUAUGGUAUAUGCCUUGACACACCAGCCGAGGACGUGUCCAAGUCCAAGCGCCAAGGUGAACAAACAAGGGAGUAUUAAAAAGAAUAACGGGUCGUGCAAGAGCAGUCCGGGUUGGAAUUGGCUUGACCGAUGGGUUGCAGACAGGCCAUGGGAAGGUCGGUUGAUGGAAGGGCCUACAAACUCAUCAGAAAAUGCAAGGAAAAGCGAGAGCAGUAUGUCUGAACAUGACACAGUUCAGGUCAGGAAGAACAGUCUAACAACCAGAGUUUUAGCUAGACCUCCUCCAAUGUCAUCAUCUGUCACGAGUUCUGAGUCAUCAUCUACAUCUCAAUCCCCAGUUCCCUUCUCGGGAAGUUUCCUUGAAGAAGGAGGGUACUACAAAAAGCCGAGCUACAUGAGCCUGACACAAUCUAUCAAAGCUAAGCAGAGACGAUCAGGGUCAUCAUCCUCUUGUUCCAAAACACCGUUUGAGAAGAAACAGUCCAUGUCUUACAACGGAGAUGUAAAUGUAAGGCGUAGUGCUGGUUCAGAUCCAUUGAGCAACCAGUGGACUGAUCUAUACCCACCAGCUCAAGUAACAGGGAGACAUAUGUGGGCAAAGAGUCAGAGAGGCUAAGCAAUCAUGCCGUUAAUCACUUCAACAGCUUGUUGGUCCCAGGAAACACAUACACGGAAUAUAGAUACAGAAGCAAAUUCUGUUUAUCUUUUUACAUAUGAAUGUUAAAAGAUUUAGUUUCAAGACUACAAAUGUCGUUGUUUAACCACCUGGAUCAUUUAUGGUUUA